CGAGCACAGGUUUCACUGGUCACCAGACAGGCGCUUUGCUGGCUCCCAGCAUCAACCAUCUGGUGGACAGCAGAACCCGGGCUACAGGGUGGCUCCCCACUCCAGUGAGCCGACACAUAGCCCAAGGACACAGGCAGAUUGGAGAGAGGCGGCGUGCUAAACACACACUGGUGGAGCUACUGGGGGAGAGCAGCGCAGGGAUUGGCCGAGAGCACCGUCACUCAAGCAUCAAACGCUCUCCGACUUCCUCUGUCCUCCUUUCCUGGCGCAGCCUGGGAGGAGGGAGUGGGAUGGAUCGUUUGUGUGGAGGAACGCUCGUCCUCGGCCGGCGGAGCUCUGAUGGGAGGCAGCGCCGGCUCUGGUUGGGACUGGGGAUGCUGAACGGGGGGAGGGAGGGCCUGUUUGAGCUGGGACAGCAGCUCCAGCAGCAGGGGGAGUACCAGGCCGCCCUCCACUGCUUCCUCAGCUGCCUGUUGGGACUGACCCAUGUGCAGAGUUUCACCUCUCUGCCCAACUGCCUGCACCAGAUUGCAGAACUCUUCAUCACUGAGAAGAAUUAUGGAAAGGCCCUGCAGUUCAUCCAGGCGGAAAAAAUGUUUUAUGAGGUGGCGCUGAUCGAACUCACAGCUCAUCAGGGGACCACAGGGCCUCAUGAGGAGGCAACACUAGGCUCUGCACAAUGGACGACCCCCGAGGAGCUUUCGGAGCAGGCCUCCCAGGCUCAGCACCUCGAGCGCCUGGCCCAGCUCUGCAUCAUGAGCAAACAGCCACAUCUUGCGUUAGAAUACAGUGGUAAGGCUACAAAGAUCCACCAGAGGGCCUUUGGUAACGACCACCCAAUUACAGCCAGGAGCCUGGAGCUCAUGGCCACCGUCUAUGCUGAGAUUGGGAAGACUGAAUAUUCAGACUCGCUGGGUCAGUGUGUGUCCGCGCUGUCCAAGCGCUACGCGGCUGCAGAGUCCAUCAGAGACACUGUCAACUGCAUUCAUCAUUCCCACCGGGACAAACAUGCGGAUGUCCGACACAGGAAGGACAAUGUCCACCAACAGGAGGAUGCAGCAAAGCCUAAGGUGACCAACGGGAGAGUCCCAACCUCCAUUCUAAAGAGGCCAGGCUGCAACCACGGCUCAGAACCAGAACCCAACCACAAGCGGAAAGGAGAGCGGAGGGUUCGAUUCAGGGAGCCAGAGACCACAGUACACGACAUUCCUUACUGUGACUGUUUAGGUGCCUACGAGGCGGCGCCGUCGCGGCCCCACCUCGCCCUCUUCACCUGCCUCUUCCUGCUGAUGUCAUUCCUGGGCGUGGCCAUGUACUGCACGGAGCGGCGGCGGCCGCAGCGGCUGUGCGAGGAGCUGGAGGCGGCGCUGGCCGUCUACCUGCUGCACAUGAAGCAGCUGGUGUGGGGCUGCUGGAUAUGGCUGACCAUGCAGUGACUGAGACCAGCCACAGGUGGCGACGUGGAGCCUCCUUCACGCUCUCUUAUUGUUACCUUUAAAGGUGCCCAGGCCUUCAAACACCUCAGCCAGGGGUACAGUAAGGCUCUGAGGUCUCACAGAGACAGACGGGAAACUUGUUUAACCCCAGAAACAUGUAGCUUCCAUGUCUUUAUGUGUAUAUGUGCUACAGCGGCAGGAAUGCUGCUCUUUAUAUCAGCUAUAUUGACGUUUUCCACAUGUGCUGUUGAUGCUCACAUUUAACAUACACUUAAUCACCACAAACGUGACUUUUCAGUUAAUGUCACAGUUCGAUGCCCCUCCUCCGCGUGAGAGCACACGAUCCUAGGAAUCACAGAGAAGAUUGGAAUUCACGGAGGACCGUGGCUCUGAGGGACCGGGGCUAUCGACCUGCUCUGUCAUUGAGUGAAUGUUCCCAUAGAAUGCAAAUAUUUAAUUUGUUACAGAGCGUAACUUGUGUAUAUCAGAUACUACACUCUGAAUAUGUAUAUAUGGGUCAAUAUACUAAGGACUAUCACAGCAUUCAGCCUUGUACUUGCACAUACAUGAACGUGGAGAUGUUUUGACUGGCAGCGCUGACGUUGGUUGGAAAACGGUCCUGGAGGAGGAGAACGCAGGGCUUCAGAGGCCGAGAGGCAGAAGGAAUGAGUGGAAGAGUGCGGCCGACGGGAAGAUCUGCAGCACAAUAUCGCCAGUCAGCGAAGCAGCUCUCCUCGAACUGAAUGACUGCUAAUGCUUUUUAAAACCGCUUGAAUCCCACCAAAUAUUUAUUCUUCUAUACUGCAUACCUGCAUCUCCACCAAUAUCCAACUUUCAGUCAUUUUGGAUUUGUAACCUUUUUGUUACCUUUUACAUUUCUAUUCUGAAACAGUGAUAUAUUCAGGUUGCAACUGUGAUGUCAAAUAUAUGGAUGUGUGUGGACACAAGUAAUUUUAAUACUCCUUCUUAGCGCAUCACUGUUUUUGAGGCCAAACAGAAAUAUAGCAAAAGCAAUUGAAAAAGCCAAACCACAACACAAAUGGAGCAUAGGACCAUACAAGGGCAUCAUCACACUGAUAAGCAAUAACACAUCACAGGUUCCAGUAAAACGGUGUUUUUUUAUUUAACAGGUUUCAGGGAGCUCAGAGGAAAGGCAAUAUCAGCAAUAUCAUAACUCAUGAUGCCUGAGGAGAAAGAAAAUAUUCUCAACUAUGUACUGUCAGACUAAACUGUCAUUAGCAAUAAAACAAUACCCAGUGAA